CACGUUGCGCUGUUUCUGUUAUUUAAUUUUCGACUAAGCUUAAGAACACGAUUACUGCCAAUAAUUGUAACAAAUAAAAUGCUGAAAACUAUAGCACGAUGGCGCCUGGGCAGUCAACUGCUGAAAGGAUGCACAACAUCAGUGCGACACGCAGCGGAAUCCUCAAGUGGCGGAAAUCCAUUUGCCGGUUCCGAAGAAACCCCAAAUAAGUUUGUAAAUCCAUUUUCACAGCCAACUUCAGUAGUUUCUACCGAGCGGAUAUCGGAGACCAAAGAGGAUCGUGACAAACGGCUGAAGGUGUUGCAGCUGGAGGCGGACAUUGCCCACCAGGAGGGUCGCCGGGUGCCGGCGUUUGAGUUCUUCAAGGAUCACCACUGGGAACACGUGCUCACUCUGCCCACAAAAUCCGCUCGGAUCAAGUACUAUGCCUACCUUUGGCAGAUCGAGAUGCGGAAGGAGUCGGAGCAGAAAAAGAAGGCCCAGCGGGCAGAGGACACCGAACGGAGGAUAGCCGAGAUGCGGAAGGAGCGCGAGGAGAACACGCACAUCAUUUAUGGUCUGGGCCACACCUCCAUGUUCCUGCGCAUCUACGAUUCCACCAUUAAUCACUGGCAGAACAACCGGCUAACACGCGCCAUGCAGUUUGCACCCAAAAUAGUGUUGGAUUGCUCCUACGAUGAGCACAUGAACAACCGAGAGGCUUCCUACGCCGCCAAGCAACUGAUGCUCUGCUUCGCGGAGAACCGGCUGAACGAUGAGCCCUUCGACCUGCAUUACUGCAAUGCCCAGAUGGACGGUCGGUGCAUGCAGAGCCUCAAGCGCUACAUCCCCACCAUGCUGAAUCCAGAGUUCCCGAUGAACGUGCAUCCCCAGUGCUUUACAGAGCUGUUUCCCAAGAAGAAUCUUGUCUACCUAACGCCCCACUGCCGCGAGGAUCUGGUCAGCUACAACCCGGACGAUGUUUACGUGGUGGGUGCCAUGGUGGACACCAUGAACAACGAACCUCUGUCGCUGGCCAAGGCAAAGCGAUUGGGUCUGCGGAUGGCGAAACUGCCGCUGGAUCGCUACUUGCAAUGGGGAUCGGGCUCAGGGAAAUCCCUCACCCUAAACCAGAUGAUCAACAUUAUGCUGGACCUGAAGAAAACCGGCAAUUGGGAUGCAGCUCUAAAGCACGUACCCAGGCGAAAGGUCGUCGAAAAUGAGUUCCAACAUCGAAGGGAAAAGGAUAGCUGGGGAACGGGAACGCGGGCUAGGAAGCUCAAUAUGCGAAUUGAUCAUCUGCUGGACUAUGAGGAUGAUCGCCGUCGAGCAACUUCGUUUGCUACUCCCCAAAAAGUCAGGCAGCGAAGGGAGGGAAUGGAGUUCCAGCUGGACACCUGGGCCACGGGGAAGCAAAAGAAAAAGCAAAACAGAAAUUAAAGUUACCUGUUGUAUUCGUUGAA